AUGCUCUCUCACGCCGACCUCCUGGAUGCUCGGCUCGGGAUGAAGGAUGCUGCGGAGCUGCUCGGACACCGGGAGGCUCUCAAGUGCCGGCUGGGAGGUGGGGUGCAAGACCAGGGGCACCCGGGAGACAUGGCCCCUGGUUCAGACUCGGUAGAGGGAACCACUCUCCUGCCGGGAGAAGACAUCGCCACAGUCGGAUCCAACUCGGCCGGCAUGGCGGUGAACGGCAAGGAGCAGGAGAAGCAGCAGCAGCCGCAGCAGAGCUCCAGUCAGUCCGCCAGUCAGCAGAAACAGAAGCGGCACCGGACGCGCUUCACGCCGGCGCAGCUGAACGAGCUGGAGCGCAGCUUCGCCAAAACCCACUACCCUGAUAUCUUCAUGAGGGAGGAACUGGCGCUGAGGAUCGGCCUCACCGAGUCCAGAGUUCAGGUUUGGUUCCAGAACAGACGCGCAAAGUGGAAGAAAAGGAAGAAGACCACCAAUGUGUUCCGCUCACCGGGGACGCUGCUCCCUUCGCCGGGCAUGCCACAGUUCUCGGCCAUGGAGAACAGCCUGUGCUCCUUCCACGCCAACGACACGCGUUGGGCCACGGGGAUGCCGGGGGUCUCCCAGCUGCAGCUGCCGCCCUCGCUGGGUCGUCAGUCGGGCAUGGCGCAGUCCCUGUCACAGUGCAGCCUGGGCCCGGGCCCGCCAUCAAACUCCAUGGGUCUCUCCAACGGCCUGUCAUCCAACGGCUCCGGUCUGCAGUCCCACCUCUACCAGACGCCUUUCCACGGAAUGUCGGCCUCUCUCUCCGGCCCCACGAACGUAACGGGCUCCCCGCAGCUGUGUACUUCCCCGGACAGUGACAUGUGGAGAGGGACAAGCAUCGCGUCACUGCGGCGCAAAGCACUGGAGCACACAGUGUCCAUGAGUUUCACUUAG